AUCAAAAUCAAGAAGAUGACUAUUCAUUUUGAGCAAACUCAUCUCGAAGGAGGAACUGAGCUGAUUGCUGGUCAGAAGAAGAAUGGAAAUAAUUUGGAUGCUGAUGAUGAAUUUCUUGUUCCCGAUACCAAUUCCUUCGGUCACAACUUCAGGGAUUAUAAUGCGGAAAGUGUGAGACAGCAAGGAGUGGAGGAGUUUUACAAGACCCAACAUAUCAAUCAAACUUAUGAAUUUGUGAAGAGGAUGAGAGAGAAAUAUGGGAAAAUGGACAAGGUGGAGAUGAGCAUAUGGGAAUGCUGUGAGUUACUAAACGACGUCGUUGAUGAGAGUGAUCCUGAUUUGGAUGAGCCCCAAAUUGAGCACUUACUUCAGACUGCUGAGGCCAUCAGAAAAGAUUAUCCAGAUGAGGACUGGCUUCAUUUGACUGCCCUUAUCCAUGAUCUUGGCAAGGUUCUUCUUCUCCCAAGCUUUGGUGAACUUCCUCAGUGGGCUGUUGUAGGCGACACCUACCCGGUUGGAUGUGCCUACGAAGAAUGCAUUGUGCACCACAAGUACUUUAAGGAAAAUCCAGACUACAAGAACGAGACUUACUCCACCAAAUUUGGGGUCUAUUCGGAGGGAUGUGGGCUAAACAAUGUGUUGAUGACAUGGGGUCACGACGAUUACAUGUACUUGGUGGCUAAGGAGAACAAGAGCACUCUGCCUCCGGCUGCCCUCUUUGUCAUUCGAUACCACUCUUUUUAUGCUCUACACACGGGAGGAACUUAUAAGUACUUGAUGAAUGAUGAGGACAAGGAAAAUCUGAAAUGGCUUCAUGUAUUUAACAAAUAUGACUUAUACAGCAAGAGCAAAGUUAGAGUUGAUGUGGAAAAGGUCAAGCCUUACUAUAUGUCUCUUAUUGAGAAGUACUUUCCGGCAAAGCUGAGGUGGUGAAGAGGCGAGCGGACAUGCUGAGUUGAAUGAAAAAUUGAGUCACCAUACCCUAUAGACUUACUAUUUUAAUUUCAUUUCUAUGGCUAAACAAAUUUUUUUUUUCAUUUUUAUGAAUAAUCUUGUCUUUGUUAUAUGGAUUGAUAGUCUUGAAAUCAAAUUUAAAUCUCCAUUA